GCACCGGUCGGAGAUAUCGUCUAGGAUAGAGAGAUAUUGCUUUCAUGUAGGUAUAGUUGUUUUAGAGUCGAGGCAGAUCUUCCCCGGGAUCACCUUCCUAUCCGGGACCACUACUCAAACCCCUCCAUCUUAUACAUCGCGGGGUCUUUUCUUCUCCCCUCAUCCUUCACUCUCAUCACUCCUUGACAAUACGAUAUCGACGACCGAAUUUCCCAACGCACCAACAGACACAGAUCUAUUCACAAUGGCGAGAAUUUUCCUGACUGGUGCGUCAGGCUACAUUGGCGGCGAUGUCCUCCACGCUCUUCGAUCAGCUCUACCUAAAUGCGAUUACAGUGUCCUCUUGAGGGACGAAGAGAAGGCGAAGAAAGUCCAGGCUGCUUACCCCAACGUGCGCGUGGUAAUGGGGGAUCUAGACGCUGCUGCUAUCAUUGAGAAGGAGGCCACUCAAGCAGACGUUGUCAUCCAUGCCGCAAGCACCAACCACAUCAAGAGCGUCGAAGCCAUUGCACGUGGUCUGUCAGCAGAAGCUAGAACGAAGCCUGGCUGCUGGAUCCAGAUGUCCGGCGCCAGCGUUCUUUCCAUGCUCGAUAUUGAAAGCAACACAUUCGGCCAGGCAUCAAGCAGCAUCUACAGCGACGUCAACGGCGCCGAGGAGGUGCAUGCGCUGAUCAAACGCUACUCGUCUAAGCGCAUUGUUGACAACUUUGUCGCCAACUUGCCUCCGGCGGCCACGCGACCCAAGACCGCUCUCAUCUUCGGCCCGAUCAUCUAUGGUCGCGGCCGAGGCGCUGUCAAGCAGCGAAGCAUUCAAAUCCCCGAGCUUGCGCGGGCCAACCUGCAGCGUCGGGAGGGUGUUCAAGUGGGCAAGGGCGAGAGCACCUGGAGCAACGUCCACAUUGCAGACUUGAGCAACAUCUUCGUCAAGUUGGUGGAGAAAGCACUAAAGAAUGCGGACGGCGAGUUGUGGAAUGAGGAUGGGCUAUACUUUCCGGUGAACAUCGAGAUGCUAUCGUUCAAGGAGAUCUCACAGCGCAUCGCACAGGAGGUCUACAAACUCGGUCUUGCAGACUCAGCUUCUGUGAAGGAGGUUGACCCUAGCGACGCGGACUCUAUCACGCCCCAUGCUGCAAUUAUUCUGGGUACAAACGCGAAACAGGUGGCUCAAAGAGCUCGCCAGUACUUGAACUGGGUGCCCGAACGACAUAGUUUGGAAGAGGAGAUUCCCCUUGCUGUCAGGGCUGAAGUAGAGGGAUUGGGCUUGGCGUAGCUUCUAGGCUUCGAUUUAGAAAUUAAACAUAUGUCCCCAAGCCAUUAUCGCAAUCUUUACUGAAUUUUCUUGAUCG